AUGGUUUUACUGGUGUCCUGUGAAGAAACACAAGUGAACAACCUGGAUUGGUGCAGUCAGCCGGGCAAAGGCCAUGGAACCAAAGGGGUAUUUGAACUGCUGGCUGGCUGGAGGAGAACGAGAGAAAACCUGCCCUUCAAGGAGCGUGUUGCAGAUGCAUUUGCUGAUGUGAUGGUGUGCUACACCAUGACCAGCUCGCUCUACAUCAUCACCUUUGGCAUGGGCGCCAGUCCUUUUACCAACAUCGAGUCGGUGAAAAUCUUCUGCCAGAGCAUGUGUGUUGCCAUCCUGGUCAACUACUUCUAUGUUUUCUCUUUCUACGGCUCCUGCCUGGUGUUUGCCGGACAACUUGAGCAGAACCGCUACCACAGUGUUUUCUGUUGUAAGAUACCCUCAGUGGAGUAUCUGGACCGCCAGCCCACAUGGUUCAAAACAAUGAUGAGUGACGGACAUGACCUCUCCACACACCACGACAGUGUGCCAUACCAGAAUCAUUUCAUCCAGCACUUCCUGCGAGAGCACUACACGGAGUGGAUUACCAACACCUAUGUCAAACCCUUUGUGGUAAUUCUUUAUCUCAUCUAUGCUUCUUUCUCAUUCAUGGGAUGUUUACAAAUAAGUGAUGGAUCAAAUAUUGUGAACUUGCUGGCUAGUAACUCUCCAAGUGUUUCGUAUGCACUGACCCAGCAGAAAUACUUCAGUAAUUAUAGUCCUGUGAAUGGGUUUUAUAUUUAUGAGCCCAUUGAGUACUGGAAUUCCACUGUGCAGGAGCACCUAAAGACUCUGAGUCAUGGCUUCAACAAGAUCUCCUGGAUGGACAACUUUUUCCACUACCUGCGGGUAGUAAAUGUGAGUGCAUCAACCAAGAGUGACUUCAUUACUAUUCUAAAGGGUUCCUUCCUGCGCAGCCCAGAGUACCAGCACUUCACUGAGGACAUCAUUUUCUCCAAGAACCGCGAGACUGAUGAAUAUGACAUAAUUGCCUCACGGAUGUACUUGGUAGCACGGACCACAGAGAAGAAGAGGGAGGAGGUGGUGGAGCUUUUGGAGAAGCUUCGGCCUUUGAUGCUGAUCAACAGCAUCAAAUUCAUUGCCUUCAACCCAACGUUUGUUUUCAUGGACCGCUACAGCUCCUCUGUUGUCUCACCCAUCCUGACCUCAGGCUUCAGCGUACUUACCAUCCUCAUCCUCACUUUCUUCCUGGUCAUCAACCCCUUGGGAAACUUUUGGCUCAUUUUCACGGUUACAUCCGUGGAGCUGGGCAUCUUGGGAUUGAUGACCCUCUGGAACGUCGGCAUGGACAGCAUCUCAAUCCUGUGCCUUAUUUAUACUCUCAACUUUGCCAUGGAUCACUGUGCACCCCACCUGUACACUUUUGUGCUGGCCACCGAGCACACCAGGACACAGUGCAUCAAGCUGGCACUGGAGGAGCACGGGGCAGCCAUCCUACAGAACACAUCCUGCUUUGUGAUCGGCAUCAUGCCCCUGCUGUUUGUGCCUUCCAAUUUGACCUACACACUGUUCAAGUGCUCCCUCCUCACCGCGGGCUGCACCGUGCUGCACUGCUUCGUCAUCCUGCCCGUCUUCCUCACCUUCUUCCCACCAUCCAAAAAGAGGCAUAAGAAAAAGAAACGGGCCAAGCGGAAAGAGCGGGAGAGGGAAAGAGAGCGGGAAAGGGAGAGAGAGAGGGAAAGGGAGGAGAUAGAGUGCAUUGAAGUCAGGGAGAAUCCUGAUCAUGUGACUAAUGUCUGAGUAGUUAUUCGUUUUAAUAGUCUGUAUCCCUCAUUCUCUGGUGGA